AUGUUUUGUGCACGAGCACUACUCGAUUCGGGUUCACAAAGUAACUUUAUAACUAACGAAUUGGCUAAUAAGUUACAGCUGUCUCGAAAAAAGGUCAAUUACGCUAUCACCGGAAUCGACGGUUCAACCAAUAGCGCAAAUUUUGCAGUCAAAACGACAGUGCAAUCACGAACGACUUCUUAUAAAGAAAAUCUCGAAUUUUUAAUCCUACCAAAAAUAACACCUAACUUACCCACAAAUAAAAUAAAAUUAGAAAAUUCGCAAAUUCCGGAUACAGUCCAAAGAGGCAGUGAUAAUAAAUUUGUGAUACAGUUACCGUUAACAAAAAAUAUCGACAAACUGGGUGAUUCCCGAUCCAUAGCUAAAAAACGAUUUUUGGCGCUAGAAAAUCGUUUAAGAAAGGAUAACAAAUUGUAUGAGGGAUACAAGGAGUUUAUGAUGGAAUAUUUGCAACUCGGGCAUAUGGAGACUACGCCAGACACUACAGGCACGCAAUCGUAUUUCAUGCCACAUCACGCUGUAUAUAAAGACAACAGCCUUACGACAAAAAUACGGGUCGUAUUCGACGCAUCAUGCGAAACUGAUACGG